AUGGGUAUGAUUGUCGCUUUGGGUGCGAGUGGUACCGGGUUAAAAUCCCGGUCUAUGGGUAUGAUUCUCGAUUUGGGUGCGAGUGGUACCGGGUUCAAGUCCCGGUUCGGCCCACAUUUUGGAUACCUUUCAGUCGUCCUAAAUUAUCGCAGUGUGUUACUCCAGAGGUCUAUGGGUAUGAUUGUCGCUUUGGGUGUGAGAGGUACCGGGUUCAAAUUCCUCUUCGGUCCAGAUUUUGGAUGCAUUUCAGUCGUCCUAAAUUAUCGCAGUGUGUUACACCAGGUCUAUGGGUAUGAUUCUCGAUUUGGGUGUGAGAGGUACCGGGUUAAAAUCCCGGUUCGGCCCACAUUUUGGAUGCCUUUCAGUCGUCCCAAAUUAUCGAGUUGA